CGGUGUCCCUCUAGCGCUCGGAGCUUGUAUAACCACGGUGCCUCGUCAUGGCGGCCCAGACCCGAGCUCUGGUGUCAGGUCAGUGGUUGGCAGAUGCCGUCAGAAACAACCUCGUCGGUCCCAAGCUUCGCAUUCUUGACACUUCAUGGUACCUGCCGAAAACCAAACGGGACCCGAAGGCUGAAUUUGCGCAGAAGCACAUCCCGGGCUCCUCGUUUUUUGACAUAGAUGAGUGCAGCGACAGGAGCUCAGUGUUUGAUCACAUGCUGCCAACUUCCAACCACUUCUCCCAGUACGUGGGAGAUCUGGGCAUCGGGAACGACACGCACGUAGUCGUUUAUGACACCAGCGACUUUGGGUCGUACAGCGCGCCCCGGGUGUGGUGGAUGUUCCGGCUGUUCGGGCACAGUUUGGUCUCGGUCCUGGAUGGUGGCAUGAAGAACUGGCUAGCUGAUGGUAAUUCGGUAACAUCUGAGUUCUCCAAACCGGAGCGCAGGGAAUUCAAGGCGACUUUGAAUCAGUCGUGGGUGAAGAGCUAUGAAGAUGUGCUGGAGAACAUCAGAACCAAGCAGGUCCAGGUUGUGGACGCCAGGUCUGCUGGCAGGUUCAGGGGGAUUGAGCCGGAGCCUAGAGAUGACACACUGCCUGGUCAUUUCCCCGGUGCUGUCAACAUGCCAUUCACUUCUUUCAUGGAUGCGUCUGGAAAAGAGCUGGGAACUGAGGGUCUGUCCAACCUGUUCAGAGAGGCAGGAGUGAACCUGCAGAAACCACUGUGGGCUACAUGUGGCUCCGGUGUCACAGCAUGUCAUGUUGUUCUGGCUGCUCACCUGCUUGGCCACCCUGGGGUGUGUGUCUAUGACGGUUCCUGGUCUGAAUGGUUUAAAAGGGCAUGUCCGGAACAUAUCAUCUCAGAGGGAGAUGGAAAGAAGGUGUGAACAAACAAGAUGGGAGAGGCAGUGGACUGCUACAGACAAAGAUGUGAUGUUACAUUUACAAGGGAAAGCAGUGUGUUUGCUAACAAGAAGCACUUGCCAACAAGAGCCACAAAUACUGGUUCAUAAAUUACUCAAGAGGUGUUUCUAUAUGCUGUAGUGUGCACAGGAAACUUGUAAUGAAACCUAAUUACUAACAUGACAGUUGCAAGUUUCAGCAGCUGUCAGAAACCUUUAAAAAAUUUCCCGUACACUAUGUAAAUUACUUACAUUUAUCAUUACAGGACAGUUGCAUAAUUUUAGAAAAAUUUACAACAGUCCUAAAUUAACAUGAUAGAUUUCAUUUGUUUGUGGACUGAUCCAAAAGUCUCUAGGAAAAAGUGCCCUUUCUUGAUAGGAGGAUAUCAUGCACAUUUAUAUUUGUAUUCCUUUAAAAAUGUUACAAUAAAUGGAAACUUGAAGGUCUUGUUUUCCUAUGCAACAAACAGGUAGAUUGUCCUACUGUUUCUUAUCUCACUUUUAAAAUAUGUCUAGCUUCUGCAUGGAGGAAAACUGUAUUCAGUAACCAGAAGAGUAAAUAUUUAACUUUGUUAGAAGGCUGUCAAAGAUAGCAGGGCAAAAUUCUGCUGAUGGGAGAAAUAUUGAUCAACCAAGUCAAAAUGUUUUGCUAUUGUACUUUCACAUGUUAGAAAAAUAUAACUAUGUUUGAAUGCAGCAAACAAAAAUUUUAAGCAGAUAAAAACCCUCAAAAACACACUAGCUUUUGCUGAGACUCCAUAUAACACACACACACACACACACACACACACAAAAUUUAAAAAAAAAAAAAAAAGGGAUGCUGACGCAGAGGAAAUCAAAACCAGUUCAGUCCUGUUCCUGUGCUUGAUUCGAGGUGUCUGGCAAGAUGCCCGAUUUUCAAAACAAAGUUUAUGUAUUUUAGCUCUUGUUACACCUUGGUAAUUAAAUGCAAAACUGUACUAUGAACUGUGCUUAUACUGAUAUUGGCAUUAAAUGUAUACUAAUGUGAUAAGGAAUUUAUAACUUGCUAAGCAGGGUUCCCAUUUUGAGAGUGGUUUAAAAGAUUGGAUUAAAAGAAAGCUGUGCACUCA